AUCACAAACUCUCCAUCAUACUUACAUAUACAUACAACCUUUCUGUUACCUCUCUCUCUCUUCAAAUCUCCAUACUCACUCUACGGAUAGCCAAACCCUCCAAGCAGCUAUUAAUUUUUUUUAUCCAUUCGAACUCUAGAACGGAUAUCUUUUUUCCUUACUUUCCGUCUGGUUAAAGGGAAUUUUCCCGAAUUCAUUCUGAGCUGAAGAAUUGAGUUGAAAAUGGAGAGAGAUUUCAUGGGAUUGUCUGUAAAACAGGAGACUCCUGAUGAAGUUAGCUGUCGAGUAACAAGAGGUCCAGUGAGAAGUUCAGCAAUGCAGCGGUCAUUUUCAAACAAGGUUUCUGUUGUUCCUCAGUUGUUAUCUUUUCAGGCUGCUCAAGUUGAAAAACCUAAGACUGGUUUUGAUUCCCUUGCAUCGACUGGACUGGUUACCAUAACGACUUCUACAGAAGCGUUCAACUCUGAUCAGAAACCAUACUCAGGCGUCAUGCAGAAAACAAUUUUUCCUGGAAAUCAAGGGGGACUUCACUAUAAGGUGACAACCUAUCCAGCUCAGAACUUCGAAGCACAUGGCCUUCAAGAUGUCAGAGUACCGCCAAUUAACAUUCAAACAAAUCAAACAGUUUCGCUAGCUGGACAGUAUCUGAGUUAUUCAGCAAGCUCGCGACCUCUGGCUGUUCCAGUAACAAAUCCCCUCCCAGCUGUUCCUCCUAGUAGCUCUGUUAUGGAUGCCACUGGUUUGAGGAGUGCUUCGAAGACUUCAGGUGUUCCUGCUCAGUUGACCAUCUUCUAUGCUGGUUCUGUGUGUGUUUUUGACAAUGUUCCUCCGGAAAAGGCUCAGGCAAUUAUGUUAUUGGCCGGACAUGGGUCCCCUAUGACUUCUCAAACAACAGUGCCUGCUGCUUCAAUUCAAGCACCCGGGAUCCCAUCUCCUAUUGUUGAUGGGUUUGGUGUAAAUAAGCCUUAUGGCGCAACAUUGCACUGUUCAAGCCCCAUGUCUGUAAGCUCUAUUAACGUCUCUCAGUCUGCUGGAGGGAUUAGUAGCAACAAUUAUCUGAAGGCCAUAAAACCAGGAGUUGGUCCAAUUCCGAAUAAAGUGGAGCCCAUGAAAGUAGUCAAUUUGAUUGGAUCUGUUCCUGCUACCUUCCUUUCGUCAGGUGCUGUGCCGCAGGCUCGGAGGAAGUCUUUGGCUCGGUUUCUGGAGAAGCGCAAAGAAAGGGUCAUUGAUGCAUCGCCAUACCCAAGCAAACAAUCUCAGGAUUUUAGCACUCUCGUUAGUGCCAACAUCUCAGUGAACUCUUCACGCAGCUGUCAUGUCCAAGAAAUCAAGUGAUGUUGCUAGAUCAAAGCUAAAGAGCUGUUUUGGAAUGUUGAACGUUGUUUACUUUAUUUUUUACAAUGUAUUCUUUCUCGACUUUGUAUUUCUCUCUUUGUUGUGAUUGUAGUGCAUUUUUGGCUUAAUUGUACUAGGAAAAUUUGUAGUUUAACUAUAAAAAUAUUACCUCUAUAGUAAGAGAAUUGCAUCUAUUGUCCAAUAGAACAGAAAGGAUUCGAUUA